AUGGCAGGACCGUCGAGGGUGGACACUGUGUCCGCUCCUCAGUGGCGUCAAUUUAGCUUUUUCGACCUCGAUACAGUCAAGGACGUUGAGGACCUAGCCGUGGCUCCCCGUGCGCUGCGUGAUCUCGUUCAGCCGAUCGUGGUGACACCGACGUCACCUUCGUCUCCGUUGACGCCGAGUGUCAUUAUCUCUACUGGAAACUCUAUUAUCGUCUUCGACCGGCAUUUCGUGCCUCAACGGACAUUCACUGCUUGGGAGGGGAACGGUAGAGCAACGGCGCUCCUCGAGGCUGGAGGGUUGCUUCUAGCCAUUGGCGAGGACGAGGGAAGUCGUCAGCCUAUUCUGAAGGUCUGGGAUCUGUCAAAAGAUGACAAGAAGAAGGGAGGCCCGCUGCUCAUGCGUAACGUCAGAAUACAGCCGCCUAGCGGACGUCCACACCCUGUACGUCCUGCGCUUGUCACACCACUGACUAUAGGAGAUGGUACGGUCCUCCUGUACCGCCAUCUUCUUCAGUCCCUGACUACUUCGCCGACGGCCUUGACGUCGCUACCCAAGGCGCGCGUGGUGCUGGAGCCUAACGAGCGAGCACCCGAGGCGAUUACUGGUCUCGGCUUCCGCGAGUCUCACUCGCCCAAACAUGGCCCGAACGCGACGACGCUCUUCAUCGUGACGACAAAUCGAGUUCUUGCCGCCCCAGUCUCUGCCAAGGGAGGGGAAGCCCGAGUUCUGGACGAGAUUGGCUGCGGGCUGGAUUGCGCAUCGAUGGACUGGGAGCGGCAGAAUAUGGUCGUCGCGCGCGACGAGGCCAUCUACCUCUACAGCCCGGAAGGAAGAGGUGCUUGUUACGCUUACGAUGGCCGCAAAACCUCUACGUUUGUAUCAAAACACAACCUCAUCAUCACCUCGCCCUCCGUGCCCACAGCCGCUGCGCGAAGACAGAUGCCCCGCGGGGCCGCCGACGACUCCGCAGACGCCGCCAAGAUCACGAUAUUCGAUCUUGAGAACAAAAUCGUGGCGUACUCUGGUGUGUUCCGCAAUGGCAUCAAGGCCCUCUUUUCACAGUGGGGAACAGUCUUCGUCUUCGAGGGCAAUGGCCAGGAGCACGCGACGACUGCCAAGCUGGAUGUACUGUACAAGCGUAACCUCUACACGCUUGCGCUGGGAUUGGCCAAGUCUCAGGGGGUGGCCGACGCUGGUCUUGCAGAGAUCCACAUGCUGUACGGUGAUUACCUGUAUGGCAAGGGAGACUUUGACGGGGCCAUGUCUCAGUUUGUGAAGACACUGGGAUUCACCCAGCCGUCUUAUGUCAUCCGAAAACGGAUUAACAAUCUCACGACCUACUUGCAGGAACUGCACGCUCGUGGUCUCGCCAACCCUGAUCAUACAACGCUUCUGCUGAACUGCUACACGAAAACAUCAGACCGUGCCCGUCUCGAUGCUUUCAUCAAAAACGAGGCGAAGCGGGAUGCCGGCGCGGAUGAGCUGCCGUUCGACCUCGACACCGCGAUCCGUGUUUGUCGCCAGGCGGGCUUCUUUGAGCACGCCACCUACCUGGCGAGGAAGUACGGUCGCCACGAGGACUACUUGCGCAUCCAGAUUGAAGAUGCCGAGGAGUAUAAAGACGCCCUCCGGUAUCUGCGCUCUUUGGGACCCGAGGCAUGCGAGGAGAACCUGGUUCACUACGGCCGCAGUUUGCUUCACCACGAGCCUGAGGCCACAACUGACCUCCUCAUCGACCUUUGCUCCGGUAACCUCGGCAAGAAGACGACGCACCAUGACAUGCAUGCUGAUUCGAGGGCGAACGGCAGUGGUCCAGCUGUUCUGUCCUAUCUUGGUGUCAACAGGUUGUUCGGCGCCGACAACCAGAACUCUGGCGGCCCAGCUACUCCCAAUGGAGCACCGACAAAUCCCUCUACUCCAGAGGCUGAGAGCCCGAGGGAAGAGGAGCCAAGCUACAUCCCACCAUCACCACGUCACUUCUUCCCGCACUUUAUCGACCACCACAACCUCUUCGUGCACUUCCUAGAGGACGUCGCCUAUUCUCUCUGGGGUCAGAAGGUAGACGCCACUGCACAGCGGACUAGCGUUCCAAUCCCGCGCCGGGAGGAGAAUGACUCAACGGAUCCGGCGCUCUCUGAUCAGCGUUCCGUGUGGAAUACACUCCUCGAGCUGUACCUCGACGACACGAACAGCAGCGACACCACGGUCGCCUCGACAGCGCGAUCGAAGGUGAUCUCGCUUCUGGGCUCGGGUGACAGCAUUCCAUUUGACCCAAUGCACGCGCUGGUAUUGUGCUCAAUGGCGGGCUUCACAGACGGGCUUGUCGGGCUCUGGGAGUCAAUGGGAAUGUACGAGGACGCCUUGCGGUAUUGGAUGGAGAAGGCGGCAGAGUCGCCAGAUCGCACGGCCAACGGUGGCGCUCCGGACCCGGGCUCAGAGGUGUUCAGAUACCUGGACGUGUAUGGGCCGACAAAUCUGUCACUCUAUCCCCUCGUGCUGCGGUGGAUGACAUCGUCGCCUGCGAUUCUCAGCAAGUACCAGGACCGCCUGUCGGGUAUCCUCGCGACAAUCGACGAGGAGCGCAUUAUCCCGCCGCUGGCUGUGGUACAACUUCUCAGCCGAAACGGUGUUGCGAGUGUUGGUCUCGUCAAGGAUUGGCUCAGGAGCAAGGUCGACGAGACGAAGAACGAGAUCGAAGCGUCGCUCGUGCAGUCGUACCGCUCCGAGACGGCGGCGAAGGAGCAGCAGAUUGCGAACCUGACGAAUACGACGGCUCCAGAGGUGUUCCAAGUGACACAGUGCGCAGCAUGUGGGGGCCAGCUCGACUUGCCCUCUGUCCACUUCAUGUGCAAGCACAGCUACCACCAGCGAUGUCUCUCGGACUCCGACCCCGAGUGCAUCCUCUGUGCGCAACAGCACACGAUGGUGCAGGAGAUCCGACGGAAUCAGACGCGCCUCGCGGACCGCCACGACAUCUUCCUCAACGAGGUGCACGACAGCGACGACGGAUUCGCCGUUGUCGCCGGCGCGUUUGGACGCGGCCUGUUCUCCAAGGACGUCAUUGACGCUUAUAAUCAAGGCUGGGGAGCUCACGUAGUUCGCGGUACCGCUCCUUCCGGUCAGCGUCAAUCGUCUCCAAUCGCGCAAGGAGCUUCUUCGCCUCUUCGCGCUGCUCAUCUUCUCCGUAUCCCAGGCUCGCCGAGAGGAGGAGGUAAUGCGCCAGCGCAUUCAUGCACCCUGCUGUCAGCUACCAUAUCAGGGUUGGCACGUACACUUGGAGUCGGGCUCGGCCUCGUGCAGCUCCUUAAUGCUGCUGAGCUCGCGGUCGAGGACCUCCUUGCUCGGUUCUGGAAGGUCAGCAAAGCAGGCGCUUUGACCUACGUUGUCCAACAAGCCAGCGGUGAUACAGCCACCCGCUCUGGUCCGCUGGCUCGGUCCACAAAGCCUGUGUGA